AUGGUAUAUCACAGAAAUGAAGCUAUGGCUAGACUGGUAAAAGUUAUAGGUCCUGUCCCAUUGUGUUUUGAGACUGCUAUCAUAGAAGGUACAUACCUUGCCGUGAAAUACAUGGGAACACAAAAUGGCGGAAAAGGAGGCGUUGUAGUCAAUGCCGGGUCAAUAUCUGGUUUGCGUCCGCACAAUUUAGCCGCUGUAUAUGUCGCAAGCAAGCAUGGAGUUAUUGGAUUCACACGAAGUGUAGCGUUAGAGCCAGACAUGGUAAGAAAUGGAGUUCGUGUUGUUGCUAAAUGUCCGAAUACUGUGGACACAACACUGAUUUCAAUUGCCUUGGAGAAAGGGGUGAAAUACACAAAAGAAUUGAAACAAGAUAUAGCAGGCAGGGCAGUUAAUGCUAAAAGUGUCUUAGAUCAUGAAUGUUGGUCCUCUGAGCGUCUCUACGAUACUACCGAUAAUAACUACGCGAAGAAAAACCACUACGUCAUCAUUGACAAUAAAGUGUAA